UUUGCGUUUUCAUUUUUUGUUGGCUUUUGUUCACUUUUUUCUCUCAAGUUUCAAAAACCCACCACCUCCGACCAUGUCCACCAACUCGCUGAUGCCUUCUACGGUUGGACCGUUCACGGCGUCGGCUGCGUCGUCGCCUGCGUUUGCCUACCCGAUGCCUGCGUUCGAGUCCAUCUACCAGAACAUCAAGAGCGAUCCGCAGGUGGUCAACUUUGGCAUUGGUCAAGCGCUGCCCCAGGCGCCCGUCAACUCGACCGUCGCCACCAACCAGGGCCGCUCCCAGGCCACCAACACCUCCCUUGAGCAUGUGGCCCUCCUCGACAUUUACAGCGAGCCCACCAGCCUCCGCAAGACCUCCGUCAUCUGCACGAUUGGCCCCAAGACCAACACAGUCGAGCGACUCACCGAGCUCCGCCGCGCCGGCAUGAACAUUGUCCGCUUGAACUUUAGCCACGGCAGCUACGAGUUCCACAAGUCCAUCAUCGACAACCUGCGCACGUCGAUGCAGCAGAGCCCCGGUUCGGCAGUCGGCCUGGCGCUCGACACGAAGGGCCCUGAAAUCCGCACUGGCUUGAUGCGCGAACCUGGCGAAUUUGACCUGAAGGCCGGCCAGGAGCUUCUGAUCAGCACCAACCCGGAACACGCCAACGAUGGCGAUGACAAGCGCAUCUUUUGCGACUACAAGCAGCUGCCGCACGUCAUGGCCAAGGACGGCCUCGUGUACGUUGACGAUGGUCUUGUCUCGCUUCGUGUGACUGAGACUGGCCCCGACUGGGUCAAGACUGUGGUGCUCAACCCUGCGCGCAUCGGAAGCCGCAAGGGCAUCAACUUGCCCACCGUCAAGGUUGAUCUGCCCGCGCUGUCGCCCAAGGACCGCGAGGACAUCAAGUUUGGCCUCGACAAUGGCAUCGACAUGGUCUUUGCCUCGUUCAUUCGCAAGCGCGCAGAUGUCGAGGAAAUCCGCCAGGUCCUCGGUGAGCGCGGCAAGAACGUCCUGAUCAUCUCCAAGAUUGAAAACCACGAGGGCAUGCAGAACUUCCAGCAGAUUCUCGAGGCGACGGACGGUGUCAUGGUUGCCCGCGGCGACCUCGGCAUUGAAAUCCCCCCGGAGAAGGUCUUCCUCGCCCAAAAGAUGAUUAUUGCUCGCUGCAACGUGGUCGGCAAGCCCGUCAUCUGCGCCACGCAAAUGCUCGAGUCCAUGACGUACAACCCGCGCCCAACCCGCGCCGAGAUUAGUGACGUUGCAAACGCUGUCCUUGAUGGCGCUGACUGCGUCAUGCUUUCUGGCGAGACUGCCAAGGGCAGCUAUCCGAUCGAGGCUGUGUCGAUCAUGCACAAGAUUUGCCUCGAAGCCGAGAGCGCCCUCUUCUACCGCCCGCUCUUUGACGAGCUGCGCCAAAACACCCCCAAGCCGCUCGCUGUGGACGAGGCUAUUGCCUGCUCUGCCGUCAACGCCGCAUUCGAGACCGAGGCCCGAGCAAUCGUUGCCCUGACCACCUCUGGCAACACGGCCCGUCUGCUGUCCAAGUACCACCCGUCGUGCCCGAUUCUCACCGUCUCCCGCAACGCACAGACUUCGCGCCAGGUCCACUUGUACCGCGGCUGCUAUCCUCUCGAGUACAAGCGCGAGCGAAACCCCAGCUGGGAGCGUGACGUCGAGGAGCGCAUUCACUGGGCGGUCGAGGUUGCCAAGGCCCGCGGCUUUGUCAAGCCCGGCGACAUUGUCAUUGUCGUGCAUGGUUUUUCACAAGGCUCGCAGCACACCAAUACAAUCCGCAUCUGGACUUGUGUGUAAGCAAUGCUCGAGGUUGGGGGCAAACGGAAAACAACAAAAAAAAAAAAAAAGACGUUUGCACUGUUGCUUGUUUUCGGUGGAGCGCCUCCAAUUGCCAAUAAAAUUACUGUAGUUGUUACC